CUCUUGACGUUUCUAUCCGUCAGUACUCACUGGACAUUUUACAAGUCAGUCAAUAGUUUAUGAUGAUCAUCUAAACUCUAAAUCCAUCCAUAUAAGAAUAAGAGAAAGAGAGAUACUAGUUUUGGCAAGUAUGCUUUUGAUGACACUCUGUGUUCUGAUUAUAUCAUUGAUCUGGGGUCUAAAAUUCUUGAACAAGAUAUGGUGGAGACCUAAGAGGAUAGAGAAGCAACUAAAGAAGCAAGGGAUCCAUGGAUAUCCAUACGGGUUGUUGCAUGGUAACACCAAGGAGAUGAUGAAGCUAGCAUAGGAAAAUCGGUCUAACCCUAUUGUAUCAAACCAUGAUAUUAUGCCUCGCGUCAAUCCCUUACUUCACGAGCUGGCCAUCUCCUACAAUGCAGAGAAGACAUUCGUGGUUUGGUAUGGAACAACUCCUCGUGUGGCAAUCAUGGAUCCUAAGUUGAUAAAAGAAGUAUUCUCAAACAAAUCUGGUAAUUUCCCCAAGCCAGAAAUAAGUCUGUUGACUAAGUUGUUUGCCACGGGCCUUGCAACUUAUGAGGGUCAUAAAUGGUCCAAACAUAGAAAGAUUAUCAACCCUGCCUUCCAUAUAGAAAAGUUAAAGCAAAUGUUGCCUGCAUUCUCUACCUGUUGUGAAGAACUGAUAGAGAAAUGGGACAACUUAGUAACUGGGUUGGGAGGUUCUUGUGAAUUGGAUGUGUCUAUAGAGUUUCAGAACUUUACUGGAGAUGUUAUAUCAAGAGCAGCUUUCGGUAGCAGUUUCGAAGAGGGGAGAUUGAUAUUCUUACUCCAAAAGGAACAAGGGAAACUCUUUUUACAGUCUCUGGCUUACGAUAAAUUCCCACUGUUUAGGUUUCUUCCCACGAAAGUGAACAGAAGAAUGAGACAAAUCUAUAGAGAAGUUCGAACCAUAUUAAGAGGUAUAAUAGAGAAAAGAGAGAAAGCUAUACUGAUGGGAAACACUAGUGACAAAGAGGAUUUGCUUGACCUAUUGUUAAAGUCUAAUCUCAAUGAGCUUCAAGAGAACCAGAACUCAAAUGCCGGUAUGACAACAGAGGACGUUUUUGAAGAAUGCAGACUAUUUUACUUUGCUGGUCAGGAGACCACAGCCAAUUUGCUAACAUGGACUAUGAUCGUGUUGAGCAUGCAUAUCAAUUGGCAAGAGCGAGCCAGAGAAGAGGUCCUACAAAUUCUAGGGAAAAACAAACCAACUUUUGAUGACUUGAACCACUUGAAGAUUGUGAAUAUGAUCCUGCAUGAGGUUCUCAGGUUAUACCCACCAACUUCACUUCUCCGAAGCAUAGUCAAAGAGACCAAACUAGGAGAUUUCUGUUUACCGGCAGGAAUUGAAUUGUUUAUGCCAAUGCACCUUGUCCAUAGGGAUCCUGAACAAUGGGGAGAAGAUGCAACGGAAUUCAACCCACAAAGAUUUUCUGAAGGUAUGUCCAAGGCGUCCAAGGAUCAAGUCUCAUACUUUCCUUUCGGUUAUGGACCAAGAAUAUGCAUUGGGCAAAACUUUGCAAUGCUUGAAGCUAAACUGGCAUUAUCUCAGAUCUUGCAACACUUCUCAUUUGAGCUGUCGCCUACCUAUACUCACGCUCCUUCUAUUGUUCUAACACUUCAACCCCAGUAUGGCGCUCAGAUCAUCAUGCAUAAACUUUAAGGAAAAGUCUUUAUCACCAUUCAAGAAGGUGGCCACCCCUUACAUUUCUUUAUAUUAAUCAUCAUCAGUGCUUCAA